CACCAAGUUAUUACCGGAAGUCACCUCUUUUUUCCAACCAGCCCCACAUUGUUAACGAAACCUGCUGUUUACGGAUACAUUAGCAACUGCCUCCCGGAGUCUGAAGACAUGAAGAAAGAAGACGCGGAAGAGCCUACCACCCCGGGCGGUGAGGAUGCUCCACCUACGGUUGGAGAGACUGAGACACCUGCACCAGCAGCUGCUAAAGACAGCCCGGACACCAAUAGCCUCAAAGAGUCUGAGUCACAGAGCCCACAGACAGACACGUCUCCACAAUGUCACGAGGGAGGAAGCGACGUUGCAGAAGCUGCACUGUCACAGUGCGACAUGGCUGAGGAGCUGAGCCGUCAACUAGAGGACAUCCUCAGCACCUACUGCCGGGAAUCCAUCUCAGAUGCCGCCAGUGCCUUGUUUAACGGCCAGUCUCACAGCCCAGUGCUCAAUGGGGUGGCCGGUGAGAGGGAACGUGACAAGCCAGAGGAAGGCAAAGUCAACGGUGGGGACAACAGGGCAGAGAAGGAGCAGAAGAGGACUCAGGAGAAGAAAAAAGUGAAGGGUCUGGGGAAAGAGAUCACCCUGCUCAUGCAGACUCUAAACACACUGAGCACCCCCGAAGAAAAGCUUGCAGGUCUCUGCAAGAAGUAUGCAGAUUUGGUGGAAGAGCAUCGUAACACCCAGAAGCAGAUGAGGGCGCUGCAGAAGAAGCAGAACCAGGUGGUCCAGGAGAAGGACAACCUGAGGAAUGAACACAGCAAGGCCAUCCUGGCCCGCAGCAAGCUGGAGAGUCUCUGCAGGGAGCUUCAGAGACACAACCGCACAUUAAAGGAGGAAGGGAUACAAAGAACCCGACUGGAAGAGGAGAAAAGGAAAGAGGUGACUUCUCAUUUCCAGGUGACGCUGAACGACAUCCAGACUCAGAUGGAGCAGCACAACGAGAGAAACGCCAGCCUCCGACAGGAGAACACAGAGCUGGCAGAGAAACUCAAGAAAAUCUAUGAACAGUACAAACUGCGGGAAGAGCACAUAGACAAAGUGGUGAAACACAAAGACCUGCAGCAACAGCUGGUGGAUGCGAAGCUGCAUCAGGCGCAGGAGCUCCUGAAGGAGUCAGAGGAUCGUCACGACAGAGAGAAAGACUUUCUGCUGAAAGAAGCCGUGGAGUCUCAGAGGAUGUGUGAGCUGAUGCAGCAGCAGGAAGUUCACCUCAAACAACAGCUGUCACUAUACACAGAGAAGUUUGAAGAGUUUCAGACCACUUUAUCCAAGAGCAACGAAGUCUUCACCACCUUCAAACAGGAGAUGGAGAAGAUGACCAAGAAAAUCAAAAAGCUUGAGAAGGAAACGGCCAUGUAUCGCUCGAGGUGGGAGAGCAGCAACAAGGCUCUGCUUGAGAUGGCCGAGGAGAAAGCAGUUCGGGAUCGGGAGUUUGAGGCACUUCAGGGUAAAGUCCAACGGCUCGAGAAGUUACGGCGGGCGCUGAAAGUGGAGCGAAACGAGCUGAGCAAGAAGGUCCAGAAUCUCAGCGGGCAACCGAGCGGCACUUCAGGAGCCCCCCCAUCCGACCCAGGGACCGACUCCCCGUCUCCACCUCCUACAGACUCUCUGCUGGAGCCCAGUCCAGUGCCAGACACCACCUCCUGCUCUCACCCCUGCCACUGCAACCCACAGCUGGACUCAGAUGCUCUACUUGAAGAGGCAAAUGCUCAGCAUGUCCCUGCACAGGAAUAAAGCAGAACCGCUCACACUCUCCGCCUUCCCCUCCAGUAUCAAGCCACCAAAAGAUAAACCACCAGCCUGCAAGCCGCUACUCCUGCUGGAUGAAGCUGAUUUGGAAACGGAGCAGUCACACCCUCUACAUAUUGCAGACAAAAUAUCUGAUCAGCUUUUAACAGAAGGGUUAACUUGUGUCUUCCCAGCAUCCUCUUCAGACUUUAUGAAAUAGGUGACGAGACUUUGAUUGCCUCUUCUGCGUAUUUACAUGCGUUCUGUAAAGUUAAUGUAUUAUGAAAGCAUUUAAAAUGUUGGCAGUAACCUAAUUUCCAAGAUUGACUCUGCACGACCUGUUUGUCCACAUUUGUUGCAUCAGGUUUAAAGAGCUGCAUGGGACGACACAAGUCAACCAGUUUAUGGCAAGAGGAGUCAUCAAAGGUUGAUGAAUGUGUGUGUGUGUCCACUUAGUUGGAAAGAGUUUCACUGUUUAAAAGCCACUUUUAGUAGAUUGAAGUUGUUUUUUUUCCAGUUAAGUCUUAACAGUUUCUUUAGCCAAUUACUUUUAUUGGUUUAAAUAACAAUAAACGAAAGGUUCUACAUAAAUAAGGUGAAAUUCACAUUUUUUUUCUUGCCUUCCAACCAGUUGAAACUUUCAGAAUGUUUAAUAAUCAGCUGUUUUCAGGCCAUUUUUUCUUUUUUUUUGCCUUUUUAAUCUUCAUUUUGGUCAGUAUUGUUAAAAGCAUAGCCUCAAAUAUAGCAUAUAGCCUGAUGUUGAAAUGUGUGCCUUGCAUAGCACACUGUUAAAAAGAAAACACUUAUUUUUAUUUAGAUCAUUUACAAUGAUGGAACUCUUGUGACCAAAUCUUCAUUCUCAAUGUUGCCGAGUUCUGUUGUUUUAUUUUAGUUUAUUAAAUCAGUUUAUAUGUUUUAAUGACCAAAUUUAAAUUCGUAUAAUUUCAUCUGCGUGCAUACGUAUGUGCGUGAUGUAUCGGUAUGAUUGUCUCCUCCUAAUCCUGGUAACUGCAGUAGCUUGUAAUCAGGUUUUAACAAGAAUGUUCAAAUACCUCUAUGCAACGCUUACGUUUUGGAUUUUAUUCUGUGGCAGUCUGAACUGACAAGCACUUAGCUGAGAAUGUAUAUUCAUUAAAUCCACUGUCUUGCAUGGAUGUACUGUACAAAUAGAUGACAUAUCUCACAAUGAAACGCCUUUUCUUUGGGAGGGGGGUAAUCUUGGAUGACGUUUGUUGAGCUGCUUUUUGCUUGAUUUCAAAUGUAAUAUUUUACAUCUCAAAUGCUUAUAAAAAGGUGCAGUGACUGAGCCAAGUGGGGAAGCGGAGGGGAGUAGAGCAAAUGUUACUCUACUUGUUUCGCUCUCCAACAUGCCCAUUUCUCUUCAGCUCUACUUAAUAUGUAGCAUUGAUAAAACAUAGAAAUAGAAAUGGCAGAACUUGAUGUCUCACAGGAUGGAUUCAGUGUACCGCCGUUCAUGGACCAUAAGAAGGAACCAAAGAUGUUUCCUUUUCUUUUUUCCUUUGUCUUUUGCAGUACUUUUAUCGGGCCCUGUAUAUUUUUCUUGUUAAAUAAAAGAUGUAACAAUAUGUGUUUGAGGUGAUUGAUUAAUUUGGAGCAAAAAAGUGUCAGAAUUGAAUGAAAAUUUGCAUUAAA